CAAUUUUAGGGUUUUGCGAACUAUAAAUUGGUCCAAGCCUAAGUGCAGAGAACAAGAGAGAAACCCUAGAGAUCGACUCGUACAGGCGGUCGGAAAAUCAUUUCCAGCAUGGAUAAGAGCAUGUUAGGAGAUCUCGAUUCUCUUCCGGAGGAAGAUAAACUCAGAAUGGCCUCCAUGAUCGACCAGCUUCAAGUUCGUGAUAGUUUGAGGAUGUAUAAUUCUCUUGUUGAGAGGUGCUUCAAUGACUGUGUCGACACAUUCAAACACAAAUCUUUGCAAAAGCAAGAAGAGACCUGCGUUCGGAGAUGUGCCGAGAAGUUCCUAAAGCAUUCGAUGCGUGUGGGCAUGAGGUUUGCUGAGCUUAACCAAGGAGCAGCAACUCAAGAUUAAUUAAGGUGAAACCGAGCAAGGCAAACUUCUCUUAUUCUCAUUCCUUCUUUUUGGGAUAAGGAAGAUUCUUCCAAUUCAUAUAUGUUCUACAUUUACUGAACAAAGGUAACAAUGUAGAUAGUUCUGUAAUAUGAUUUGCCUGCCAGAGAUUUUUAGGGAAGAAUGGUAUUUAGUUUUCACUUUUCAGCUUCUGAAGUUGUCUGAGAAUUUCUUAUUUCAUUUCUUAUUUCAUCUGUUAAUUUGAGAUGUUUAGGCUACUUCAUCAAUGUAAAAUAACAGUUCUCCCAGAUAAAAAAGGGUGAAGAAGAAAUUCAAUGGGAAUGGGAAUGAGAAUCAAUUUUUUCAAUCUUA